UCUCAGCUAGUACAUUUCGCUUUCCCAGACCCAGUGGAACACCAAAUAUGUUGGAAACAAAAGAAGAUUUGAAAACUGACAACGAAGGUUCUUUCAUGGAAAUUUUGGACCGUAAGGAUUUGGCCGUACCAGCGCUACAAUGGACCCUUACAUGCUUUACUAUUUUUUACUGGGUGAUGGGGAUAGCGAUGGUGUGCGGGGCACUGUGGGGGAUACUUGAACUGCAAAAGUACGUGGAUUUGCCGUCAGACAUGUCCGGAAAUGCUCCGUAUCUGUUGAUGGGCCUCGGGGUAUUCACGUUAAUCAUCAGCUCUUUCGCCUUCUCCUGCAUCUACAGGGAACAAACGCUGUUGAUUUACAUUUAUGCAGGUUGUUUAGCCUGCGUGUUCGUGAUAAACAUAGGACUGAUGGUAUCGGUGGUCUGCUACAAGAACGCGUUGUAUAAAGGCCUCUUCGACGGACUCACGCGGACCAUUCAUAAUUACAAUCCAGACACAACCAAUUUUGACUUUGCUCAAUCAACGUUCCAGUGCUGUGGUGUUACAAAUUACACGGAUUGGAUAAAAUCGUCGCCAACGAAGGUGAUCCCGACAUCCUGCUGUGUCGACCCAACCAACUGCGUCACCGCCAACUACGGCGAUGUAUACACCAAGGGUUGUUACGCCUUGAUAAAGGAAUACAUAGAGAGAAACAUGCCCACAAUAACGGUUGCGACGGGGGGUUUGAGCACGAUGCCGGUCAUAGGCAGUCAAAUUGCCUUCGCACUCGCCCAGUACACCUCUCACAGCAAGAUGUACACUGACGCGCAAUAUGCAGCAUAUUUCACCUAAUUCUCUAAGUCUUGUACAACAAAAAUGUCUUUUUAAAUAAUUAGUUGCCGCCUUCAAAUUACACUUCAACUAUGUUAAUCUCCUCCUCUAGGCGUAUUGCUCAUGCCUGAUGUUCAUGGCCAUCACUAUCAUCUCUACCUAAAGUCUACAUAAGUUUAACCAAAUCUAUAAUCUUCCAAACAUUUGUUUUUUUUAUUUAUGUCUAAUUGAAAUAAUAUUUUCACUCCUCUCCUUCA